AUGAUGCCACAAAUCAAAGAGUGGACUGACUUUGCCUAUUUGUCUGAGGAAUUCGAUCCAAACACCCAUGAAUUUCGAUACACAAUGUUCGCUGCUAUCAACUUGGACGAUAUUAUCUUCUACGGCGAACUACCUAACCGCAAGACUGAGAUCUCGAUUCAACAAGCCACGGCCACGCUCAGACCAAUCCCUGACAGCGAGAUAUUCCCAGAAUUGUCCUUAUCUGACUCCAAAAAGUUGACUGAGGCACCGUUGGAGCUGCCCGCCAAUGUCCAAGUGUUCAUUAAGCGACCCAACCUUUCCCAAUAUGAUGUGUACAAGCGAUACAAUGUAGUACAUCUACUCGCCCAAAGCUUAUUGGAGGAGGCACGUACCGUGGAAUUUCUUUCCGAACACCCUCAUCCACGUAUUAUCCGGUACCACGGCUGCCGCUUCCGGCGGGGUUACCUGACCGGCAUCGUGCUUAGCCGCCAUUCGCACGAUCUGAAGGAAUAUCUCAGGCAUGGAGGGGGAAAGAUUGACAAGGGAGUGUUCAUGAACGAGCUUGAGUCUGCCAUUUAUCACCUACAUUCCCUCGGGUGGGCACACAAUGAUCUCAACCCAACGAACGUGCUGGUCGACGACUCUGAGGUUGCUGAGGGUAUGCCAGUUCUGAUUGACUUUGGCUCGGCCAGGGAAAUUGGUACUUCACUGGGAACCUCCCGGGGUACGAGUGGUUGGAUUGAGGGUCGGAUUGAGGAUUAUACCACUUCUAAGAAAGAACACGAUAUCUUUGCCCUCGAGCAACUUCGACAUUGGUUGGACAAUCCUCCUUUUGACGAUGACCAAGGAGGCCAGUGA